AGUAGUCUUUUCAACCAAAUUGUUCUUAUUAAAUUCUUUCACUCAUUAAUACUACUUAUGGGUAAAAAAUACAGUGGUUUAGUGAUAAACUUGCAUGAAGCUUCAGUUUGGCGAGUAAUUCAUUAAGUUCAUCUAAAGCCAUUCGAAGGAAAUAUGUGCCUUGAAAUAUCCAGUUUUGUUGACUUCAUACGGAUUUUUAUUCAAACGGUAUGAGAAUCACUUCAUGAGCCCUUUGCCUAUAACUCUUCUGGUUUUGGGGAUCCUUCUGCAUAACAGAUAAGUGACUUGUAAGACUAUCAUACAUUUCUGGAGUCAUUCACAAUCACAAAUCUCGCGGCACUAUAUAAAAAUCAGGAAAUUUCGUGCAAAAUGUGUCCUGGCUGUGAGAAUUUUUAAGUAAUUCUAGAAAUAUAAAUAUUUUAUAGCUAGAAAUUGUUAGAAAAUGAAGUAAUCGAAAUUCUGGAACUCAUUCUAAAAUUCAAAAAUUCUGUGGAUUAUUAUUAAAUUCAGAAAAUUAAAAGAAAGAACAUUUCACAACUUUCACACCACAAGGUACCAGGCUCCUACUUAUUAGGUCUCUAAUUAUUCCUUUCUUCACCUAUGGGGCUGAAUUAUUUUUCAGCGCCAGUGUUGAGACGAAGGAUCGCCUGAGCAGGGCAUUUAAUUCUUGUGUGCAUUACGUUUUUGGGUUGCGCAAAUACGAUUAUAUUUCUCCUUGGAUUGAUCAAUCCUUGGCCUUCCUCUUGUCCCUUAUCUGCAGACUCGUGCUGUAGACUUUGUCGCUCGAUUAUUGUACACUGGUGGGCCACGGUAUCUCGCGGAGUUUGUGAUGGCUGGAUCGUCCACUAGGGCUUCGUGUCUCCGUGUGCCGCGUUUGGGGUGUCGCAUUCUCCGCAACUCCCUUUUUGUAGAGGGAAUUAUUUUAUGGAAUAGCUUACCUUGUGAGCGGAAGAGGGAGCUUAUCCUCAGAUUUGUGGCUACCACUGAACUUCUUUGUACAGAAGACAGCUUGUUCUAUUUAUUUAUCAAUAAAUUGAAUUGGAUUGAACAUUAUUAUCUAAACACGCGCUAUAAUGGAUAAUGGAUAAUUACAUAAUUACAUAGACUUGCUUACGGCAGGAUUUCAAAUUCUUUGACAUUCCUACAAUACUGCCUUAAUCAUCCUAGCAGAUAAUGAAUGUUUAGUUUUCUUAAACUUUGCUUGCAAUUUUUUUCUCGUGUUUUGUCCUUAUAGAACUUUUAUUAUAUACUGCUUUUUACGAAAGAUUUUUUUUGUUAAUUUUUUGACAAAUUUUACUACAAUAUAUUUGAUUUUUUCUGUAUAUGUACUUCAAUUUCAAAAAGAAAAAGCACCUUAGGGAGGGGACGAAUGGACCCGAAACGGGUAAAAUUUCCACUCUGUACUCUUUACAUUUUUUACUCUUUGUUAUUUCGGAAAAAAAAACAAAUAAGGGUAAGGUAGAGGAAUAAUUUAUUACUAUAUACCCAAUAAAAAACACAUCUAAUAAAUUGAUGGUUUUCAUUAAUUAUUGCAAAAUUUUAGAAUUGUAUUACAAAUACUGAUCAAAAACUUUCAUUUUAAAAUUCUUUAAGUCGAAAUAUCGAAAAAAUUACAAAUUUAUUUAUCUAUACUAUAUAUCGCGUAAAUCUUUAAGAGUUAAAAAGACAAUUAAUAUUAGAACACAAAAAGAGUAUGUAUGUUAAAUUGUAAGAGUAUCAAAAAUCCAAUCAAAAAUGAGUCUCAUGAUUUGAAUUUAUUAUGAAAGAGCGCGAAUUUAGACAUUCUUUUAUACGAUUUGAGCGCCAUGAAGUUGCGGGAAAUAUUGCAACUUCCUGACAAGCAAAUGUUUUCUCUUGGUUUAUGUUUUUUGUUCCGCAAAAAUAAUUAAAAUAUAAAUUUUUGGUGCAAAAACUGAGAAAAUGGCCCACGUGCAAUACGUAGACGGCCUUAUACGUGAAUAUAUGUUGUUUAGAGGUUUUUCCAACUCCUUGAAAGCCUUUGACUUUGAGUUGAAGCUGGACAAGGACAAGAGCUUCCGCGUGGAUAAAAUUGUGGAUAAAAUUAGCCAGAGUAUUAAUCAGUCAGAUCUUGGGGCUCUCAGAGACAUGUGGGCCCAUUUGGAUGGAAUACUUUUCACAAAACUUGAGCAUUCCUAUACAGUGGCUGUGAAGAAGAUUGAAUCUGGAAUAUUGAAGCUCUACUUGGUGAUAGCGUUCAGUGCCAAUAAAAUGGAUAAAAUCACGGAUUUCUUUGCUAAACUAGCUCCAGAGCUUCAGAAUCAGCCAGAAUGGAAAGAAUGGUUUCUGUUUCCUUUUUGUAAGAAUCCGGAGGAGCAUCCAGUAUUUGGAGUUUGCUUCACUAAACAAUGGCAGGAUACUCUGAUGAUAUCUUUUCACAAUUUCCUUGCCACUAUAUUUCAAUGCAUGCCGCAACCAACUCUUAUUAGGGCUGAAACGGAGGCUUCCAUGAUAAAGAAGUUGCAAGAUGAAAAUGCUGCUCUCAAAAGUCGCCUUCAGUCGCUCUCUAUCAACAACCCACAGGCUGCUUCCUCAAGUACUUCAACAUCCCACCAAUCACGAAUCUCUGCAUUCACUGACCAGAAGUCCUACGAUUCUAACCGUCAGCGAACUUCUGGGUCUCAAACUUCUGUUAAGGGAAAUAUUCCACAGAAUCCACUGAAUGAUGUUGUACCCUUUGACAUUCCUCCUCCAGCUCACAUCAUUGAUGAUUUCUACAUUAUUGCCCAAGAAACUCUGAAUCUUGGCCAGAGUGCUGAUAUUCAAGCUAAAGGAUUUAAAUCACUCAUCAGAAACAUGAAUAUAGGAACAGGAGGAAGUCCAGUUCUCGGCCGGAAAGAUGAAAGAAACAAGAAGAGGUCUGGUAGUGUUGGGAGUCGCACGUGGAUGCACAGGGAAUAAUUUAUAUUUUAUAAAGAACAAAGCAUUGUCCAACAAAACCUCAUAUAUAAAUAAAUUAUCUAAAAUCA